GCCAAGAGCGUCGUCACGCUGUCCUUCAGGGAGGAGGCGGAGAUCAGCAAGCACAGGCUGAAGGAGUACAUGGUCAAGGAAAUGCGGAAGUUCAGGGCGCCCGCCAGCUCCACGGCCGAGGCCGAGAAGCGCGCCGGUGGCGCCAACGGCGGCCGCCCCAGCCUGCUGACAGGAGGGCGCGCCGCUGGCUCGAAGAG